GGGACUGCUACGAGCCCACCCGAGCUGACCCUGCGUGAGCCGAACCGACCCGAACCGAACCAUGGACCCUCAGGACUGCACUUGUGCUGCUGGUGACUCCUGCUCCUGUGCUGGGUCGUGCAAGUGCAAGAACUGCCGCUGCCGGAGCUGCCGCAAGAGCUGCUGCUCCUGCUGCCCCGCCGGCUGCAACAACUGUGCCAAGGGCUGUGUCUGCAAGGAACCGGCCAGCAGCAAGUGCAGCUGCUGCCACUGAGCCGCCCGCCUCGCCUGUAAAUAGCUGCCAUGCUUCGGGGACAGGGUGGGGGGUGACAGGGGCCACGAAAAAGCUUAUUUUUACAUGUUUUGUACCUUCCAUACCGAUGGAGGAAAUAAAUGAGUUUGGCUGAAGCUGA